GUCGUGUGUACAAUUGUAUGGCCGCACCACCGUGUCUUUAAUGUCAGCCUUGGGCAUAUUAUAGAGACCACGAGGCUCUGGUGAAAGAGUCAUUCGCAUGUUGGACAUAUAACCCCAAGAACAAGAUACGGGGAGAAUUGCCCACUUUGGGAGCCUCAGUCCUUAGCGGCGUGUCCACAUCCCUCUGGAAUGAAUCCCUAAUGAUUAAGGGAGCCGCUGCCAAACUGUCUGGCUAUGGCCGCUGAUCCCAAAGCAAUUCGCCGCUAUCAUGCGGGCGUCGAAAGGGCACUCGCCCUGUUUGACGCCACGAACGAAUGGGCGGACUACAUAGCCUUCCUCAGCCGCCUUGCAAAGACGCUACAGGCAUCCCCCCCAGCGGCCGACAUCCCGAUGAAGCCGGCAUUGGCGAAGUACCUUGCUUUGUGUAUGAAACCGUCUUUGCCUUCCGGGGUGCACCAAAAGGCUCUUGAAGUGUACAGCCUUGUCUUCACUUUGCUUGGACAGGAGGGUUUGUCCCACGACUUGCCGAUAUGGCUGCCUGGUUUCUCCCACACUCUGACAUUUGCCUCGUUGAGUACGAGACCAUUGUUUCUGUCUUUGUACGAUGAACAUAUCCUCAAGCUGCCGAGUCACGUCUUGAGGCCUGCAUUAAGGGCCCUCAUUCUGUCUUUGCUUCCUGGCAUCGAGGAAGAGAAUAGCGAAGACUUUGAGCAUACUUUGGGAACAUUCAACCGCCUUCGACAACUCUUCGUUGAGGACGAUUCCGAGGAGUUGUUCUGGCAGAGUUUAUUUCUUGCCUCUGUUACCAGCAAGAGCAGACGACCGGGUGCGCUUGUAUACUUGACGCGACAACUCCCCAAGUUAGGCCCAAGCACAACCCCCAGCUCGGGUCUAAAUGGGACGGAUGGAGAUGUUUCGGGCUCUCUGGAGAGGGCGAUCAAAGCAGUCACAACCCCAGAACCAGGUCUUCUGGUGCGAUGUUUUGCUACAGGGCUCCAGGACGAGCAGGCAUUAAUUCAACGCGGUUUCCUUGACUUAUUGGUUUCACACCUCCCGCUCAGCGCCUCAAUCCUCCAGACUCACAUCCCCAAGAAAGACUUGGAUGUUCUGGUUACAUCUGCGCUGUCUGUUGUUCUGAGGAGGGACAUGAGUCUAAACAGGCGCUUGUGGACCUGGUUUAUCGACAAGGAAGAUAAUCGAGACGGAGCAGCCGACGUGUCAAGUGUCGAGCCAUUAUCACCGUCCGUCCCUGGCGGCGAAGCUCACACUUCUGCCGCACACAGCUAUUUUGAGAAGUACGGCCUACAAUCUGUGAUCCGCAGUCUUGAGAAGAUGUUGCGAAAGGAGUCUGCUUCUCCAAUAGACAGGGCUCGCCCGUUCCGCAUAAUGCUUUCCUUGAUGGACCGCUGGGUCAUUGGCAAGCUACCAAUCCAGGCUUUGUUCAUUGUAGCCAUGCAAGAUUUGCGGAGAUACCAAACAUUGGCACCAUCGCAAGCCUCGUUCGAUGAAGUCUUCCGGAGCGCCAAUGUAUUUUUUGAUGCCAUCGAGCCUCAGCUCAUAACCAGUCAACUCUUUCAACUUCUUGAGAUGAAACAGCUGGAUUUGCUUGACUUUAUCAUGUCCAACUUCAAUUUACAGGAUGACGAAAUGACUGCUGUUCAUUUGCCACUUCUGUGCCUAGCAGUGUCCGAGAUGACUCUGCAAAGCAAGGUCUCAGAUUCUGAUGAGGCGGGUGAAGAAGCAGAAGCACUAUCCAAGCUACUAGAAGGGCUCCUCGCCCUGCUCCCGCCACACCCAGUAUCACCGCCGUCCACAAGAAAGGAAGGCCUGCCACACGAUGGUUGGCUGACGAGAAUCAAGGCAUUGUACCAGAAGUCUUCCUACGUCAGAAAGGCUUUGACCGACAUUAUAUCUCCUGGAGAGGCAGCCGAACUGUUACUUCGGAAUGUCGCGCUGGUCUUUCUGGACUGUCUGACCAAUCCAUCCCGUCGGAAUUCUCUAACACCCUUGACCAAUGCUCUUGUUAGAGCUAUAUCGAGGUGCAGCACGUUCCAACCCCUGCGACAGCUUGAAUUUGGCGAGCAGCUUCAUACAGUUCUCCAGAACAUACCCUCGCAGACUUGGGUGAGGUAUGAAGUAGCUAGGAGCAUUGCUGUCAUAGUCGAUACGCUCCACACUUUUGAUCCUCAUGGCGAGACACUCACAAAACGCGACUUGUAUACCAUAAUACCGGCACUUGUGUCUCAAUUUUGGUCAGUUCUUCUGCCGCGCACACCUCAAUACCACGUCGAAGCUGUUGAACAGAUAUGGAAACUUCGCAUCAUCUCUCAGCCCCUACUUCUAGUGGACAGCAAGAUCAUGGAAUUAAUGUGUGAAGGGCCAUCCUCAUUAGAGGAUGAGCAACGACGAAUUGCACACUUCUCAACUUUCUGGCUCCACACACGAUUCCCAGAAAUCAACGUUGAAAUAUUCUCAACAAGUCAUGGUUUCGAGGACGACGACGUACCGUGGGCUUUGCUACGGCAGCCAGUGCUAAGCAUCAUCGAUGGCGUGGAUCCCCAUCAGCCAGAUGAUCCACGACGAGUCUGGCUUAACAACCUCCCAUCGAUGCUCCCUGUUUUCACAAUAAUUUAUACUGAAAACAACGCCGCCACGAAUCCUCAACUGUCCAUUCUUGGUUUGUGCCGACUGCACAAAGUUAUUGUUCUUGCGCGACAAUCGACUGUGCAACGCAACGAGAUUUUUGCAUCUGAUGGAGUUUCCAGCAUGAUAUUGGACCUAUGCACCGAGAAACUGUCCUCUAGCGAAAGUGAAGCAUCCGUCAAGCUGGUGCUUUCGAUUUUGAAUGUCAUUAUUGAGGAAACAGAUGUGCGGGCUCUCGAAGAACUGGUUGUCCUGCUCAUGCAGCGCUUAAUCAACCUGAGCGAGGAUAACUUCAUGCAAGAGAGUGUGUUGGACACUUUACAGACGAUAUUUGCAAAGCCGAAUUCCAGACCUCCUCCCGGCGGCCUUUUGGCCAUUCUGAUGACAGGUAUAACAUCCGACGCAGUGGACUCGACAAUCGAUAAAUGGAUCACGGUCCUGUGCAACACGAUCUCUCUCUACACCACCCAAACGCUUUUCUCCAACAUGCUCAAGUUGACAGCCUGCUUUUGUCGGCGGAUCAAAACAUAUUUUGCCCACAUGAAGCUCCUAUACCAGAAAUCAGAAGCCAGCGGCAAUGAUGAGAUUUUCAUGACUGCCAAAACCCCCGAACGAUCAUUGGGCAAUCUUCUCGCAGGACUCGAGUACAUCCUGGCCAGGGCUCAUACACAUCUGGUGGAUCAAUCCACAGGGUCUGAAACGGCCAGUAUUACCAAUACCUCAGAAAAGUCCCAGGCACGAUCCAUCGCCAAUCACCGUCUAACGGUCAUCCUCUGCAUGCAAGACACGAUCAAGCUGUGCGGCGAGAUUUGGGCCUGGAGGAUAUCGAAGAGGUCAUCUGACACCGUUCCUGACACCAAGUCUUUUGCCUACAUAUCGGCACGACUCCGUACACGAACGCGAAGGAUUUUGGAACAUCUCACAGACGCAGAGCCGCAAGAAUGUCUGGAAACCUUAAUGGGGAUGUGGGUCGAGACAGCUCGACGAGGUUCGGGCGAGCAUAAUGUCGCGCUGAACUUGAUGCAGAGUCUGGACGGAGCGCGGCCCAAGUUCAUGAUGCCCGCGACAUUCAAUGCCAUCUACAACCGAACCAAUCCAUCUGCCCUGGACCAAUCCCAGAAAUCAAGUUUAUCAGUCGAUGUCAGUGCGCCCGAGCUCAUGGCGUUUUUGAUAGCGUACACAAAGGCGCUCGAGGACGAUUUGCUCGAGGAGAUCUGGACGGACUGUACGACUUUUCUCCGAGAAGUUCUCGCCAACCCAAUGCCCCAUCGGCAGAUUUUACUCAGACUGCUAGAAUUUGUCGCCGUCAUAUGCCAAAAGAUGGAGAACACCAACUUUGGAGAAGUUGUCCGGAUGCGUCGAGAACUGGCCGACCUGUGCGCUAGGCUCUUUACCGCCAUCUUUACCAUCAAACCGGCCGGUCUUGAUGGGACAGCAUCCUCACAGACGACUACAAGUCAACAUCGCACCAGCACCAGCGCCGACCCUCUGGACUCCCGUAGUCCUAUCCGAAUCAUCUGCGAAGCCAUGCCGAUAAUCGGCAACGCACUGGGCGAUUUGGAAAGGUUGAACACGACCAUGUCAGGAAUAGCAAUGCACAUCACCGGCCCGGCCCUACGGUCACGCCAGUUUCCUGAAUCAGUCACUAUCGAAACACUACACCUCGUGCAGCUAAUGGCCAAAUCCCAACCGAACAACAACAAGACAUGGAAAAAGGACGUGUUGGACGCAUUCAACGAUGCCAAAUUCUUCCAAUCACCACCCUCACUCGCCGGAUCAGGCUGGAUGCCCCUUUUGAAACAAGUCUGGCAACUCGAUAAAGGCGGACUCAUCGCUGAACUUCUGUCCAGAUUGACUCCGCCCGCCACGGCAGGAAUAAUGUUUGGCGUCGGAGCCACGGCUGCGCGCACCGAGGCCGACAGAAAGACACAAUUGACUUUACGACGCAUAGCGUUGCUGUUGCUUUCCGUGGACAUCGAUGCUUUGGUGGCCGAGUUGAGUUCGAUACUGCUCAAGAUGGAAGAACUUUUGACAGCUACGGUGUCGUCCUCGCCGUCCUCGGCUACCAGGGCAGACGUCUAUUUGGUCUUUCGGGCUAUAGCGCUAACUUUUUCUCAUGUCCAUUUGGUCUCGGUGUGGCCUAUUGUGGAUGCUGAAUUACGUGACAUUUUCACGAAUAUACGCCACGGCCAACGCAGCCAGGGCGAACAUGAGUCCGAGGAGGCCGAGUCCAAGUUGGCUUUUACCCCUUCCUCCCAGUUACAGGGUGCCAAGCUGUUGGAUCUGCUGUUGCUUUUGAAACCGGAGGAGUUUCAAUUGCACGAGUGGCUGUUUGUCACGGACACGGUCGAUGCCGUGUAUCCUCCUCCGCCCUCUUCGGGUUUCGAGCCGACGGCGCUGGCUGAUCAGAUCGUGUCCGUGUCCAAGAGCCCGAACUUGAAGACCGAGGUGGAGCUUCCUACGUUGAAAGAGGACGAACCCCGAAAACCGUGGUUGUGCACGGAUCUGACUCGGACAAGUCAAAAUCCUCAGGCUGUCUUGAUACCGUUUUUGAGACAGUUGAGCAUUCAUGCCUUUGAGGAUACGUACAGUCUGCAACCGGUGGAUGUUGCCGCUUGUCGUCAAGAUCUGUUGGCGGACUUAUUUGUUGACUGAGCAACGGAGUUGGAGGAUAGACCUAAAUCAGCUUUUGCAACGCAUGGCCUUGAUGUUCAAGUUGCCACGAACUACUAGUAGUUAGUCAUGGUUCAGCGGCGGUCCACGACAUGUAGAAUGGUGUUCGUGUUGUUCUGCUAUUGACAGUGUCCCUGAAAUCCGAAUAAGACGGGACAGGGAAGAAGCAAAUCUGCUUUGACAGUCAAGUGGCCCUGCGUGUUCUCAAGUGUUAGAACAGCUGGAUUCUCGAUUAGGCUGCUGCUAUACCGCUGCCCUUGCAGUAUUCGACCAAAUGAAGGUGUGCAAAACCAAAAAGAGAAACACAGGUGGUCAACAAGACUGAGUAUAGAUGACUGCACCGACACAGGAAUUUUUUUUUGUUUGUACUUUUACACGACGCUCCAAGUUGGCAGAAAGUCAUCCCCGAGUGUGUGCGAACCAUGCGAAACACCGCGCACUGCGCUUUCAUUGGAGGAGGAGAAGAUUCGAUCCAUCAUUCCAGGCAUGCCCACAUUGUCCCUUAAAAAGCCCAUGCGAUCUGGCAGCUUAUUUUUUGAUCUGUGACAUUCUGUUCUCGAGUUCUGUUACGUAGGAGUGGAUCCGUUGCACGGCCGCUUGAAGUGCCUGUGUUCGCG